AUGCCCAUCAAGGUCGGUAUCAACGGCUUUGGCCGCAUCGGACGCAUGGUCUUUCAGGCCUUGUGUGAGGACGGCCUUCUCGGAACGGAGAUUGACGUCGUGGCGGUGGUCGACAUGAACACGGAUGCCGAGUACUUUGCGUACCAGAUGCGUUACGACACCGUGCACGGCAAGUUCAAGUACACGGUGACGACGACGAAGAGCAGCCCCUCCGUUGCGAAGGACGACACGCUUGUGGUGAAUGGCCACCGUAUCCUGUGCGUGAAGGCGCAGCGGAACCCGGCGGAUCUCCCAUGGGGCAAGCUUGGUGUGGAGUACGUAAUUGAAUCAACGGGCCUGUUCACUGCCAAGGCGGCGGCGGAGGGCCACCUGCGCGGCGGUGCACGGAAGGUCGUCAUCAGCGCUCCCGCCUCUGGUGGCGCCAAGACACUUGUGAUGGGCGUGAACCAUCACGAGUACAACCCCAGUGAGCACCACGUUGUGUCUAACGCGUCAUGCACGACCAAUUGCCUUGCGCCCAUUGUGCACGUCCUGGUGAAGGAGGGAUUCGGCGUGCAGACCGGCCUCAUGACGACGAUCCACUCGUACACAGCAACACAGAAGACGGUGGACGGUGUGUCGGUGAAGGACUGGCGUGGCGGUCGUGCGGCUGCUGUCAACAUCAUUCCGAGCACGACUGGUGCGGCGAAGGCGGUGGGCAUGGUGAUUCCGAGCACCCAGGGCAAGCUGACGGGCAUGUCUUUUCGUGUCCCCACCCCGGACGUGUCCGUGGUGGAUCUCACCUUCACUGCGGCGCGCGACACCAGCAUACAGGAGAUCGACGCCGCCCUGAAGCGCGCGUCUAAGACUUACAUGAAGGGAAUUCUCGGCUACACAGACGAGGAGCUCGUGAGUGCAGACUUCAUUAAUGACAACCGCAGCUCCAUCUACGACUCCAAGGCGACGCUGCAGAACAACCUGCCGAAGGAGCGCCGCUUCUUCAAGAUUGUGUCGUGGUACGACAACGAGUGGGGAUACUCCCACCGCGUGGUGGACCUUGUACGCCACAUGGCCUCGAAGGAUCGUUCGGCAAGGUUGUAG